AAUAAAAUCUUUGAAAAGAUGUCAGUUUUCUAAAACACGUGGUAUUUAAUAUCUAGUGGUACAUCUGACAACUUGGAAUCUGGUCUUUUUUGAGAUAAAAUCUACUGGCUCUAAAAUCAAAUCAUUCAGUUACAUUUCUUGAGUUCUGUUGCACUGAGUAAUCGUUUGACAUAUUGGUUAUCAUGGUCAAAUCAGUUCAUCAUAGUGACAAAUGAUAAAUAACUAAUUGCUACCUCACAAAAAUUCAACCAUUUGCCUGAUUAAGUACACCCACUACAAACGAGGCAACAAGCACUUCAAAUUGAAUCCAUUCUGUGACUUAUUGGAAAGCUUCAUGAUAAAUAAUCGACUUGAUAUUAAUCUAUAGAUCGAAUCAGUUCAUAGCUCUAUUCACUGCUUAAUAACAGAAUUUAGAGUUUAAAAACACUCACAAUCUGAAGAGAACUUCGGUGGUUUCAUAAGUUUCCUCACGAAAGUGGGUACAAUUGUGCUGUCAAUCGGGUAACCACGUGAUUGAACAUACUGUUUACCACGGAAACAACACUUUAGGGUUUUCGAUCUAAAUAUUUAAGUUUUAAAAUAUGAAAUCUCCACAUUUCCAGUUAUCUUGGCUCACCAGCUAGUAAGAAGUAGCUUUCUGUCUGCAUCCGAAGUCGCUUCUUCUUAUCUUUGUAAAUAUCUGUGGCUUUUUUAUGGCUUUUCAGUAGACCCCAAUUUCAUCAACAAAGUAUAUCUUCACAAUCUAACGAAACGACAUGGAACCCUGACUAGAUUCCCUUUCUGAGACAUGAUUUCUUGAGACUCGUCACAGGUUGAACGUAUAUUUAAUCGUCUAAUCCUGAAGUCAAUUAAGAUUAUAAGUAUAAUAAUUCGUAGUGCAGUUCUCAAUUAUUAAAAAUAGAACCUCAUGCAUUAUCUUCAAAACACUUUCAUUACCAGCGUUUGUUAAUGUACAGCUGUAACAAAAGAUCAAGUACACACAACACACAUAAGAAUACCAAACUUCAUUGAGAUAUUACGCCUUCAAUAAAUUCGCAUCACGUCGCUGACUUUAAAAGGUGAAUGGAACUGAAGAGUUUCCGGAGUGAUAUAAAGGAUUCAGUUCUUAAGUCGAGAACUUCCACGGGUUGUCUGUUUCGCACCACACUGUGAUGAAUAAUUUCUCUGGAUGACACAAUCAGAAAGCAAAGGAGAUUGUACAAUAUACACCAGUUGCUUAAAAGGCCAUUUCAUGACUAAACGCUUCAGUCUAACAAACAAAUUCUCUUUUCAUCCAAUCACCUUGCUACUUAACGUGACCUGAUGAAAAUAAUACAACCUUGGUUGUCAAAUCAAGGUCGCACAUGACAUCGUCCGUUCAAAUCAUAUAAUCUGAUUGGACAGACUGAAUAGUAUAUAAACUAAUUUGCGAUCAACGACAACUCCGUACAGUGAAUUACCACUCAGCCUAGGUCGGGUCAUGUUGUCCAUGGAGGAUAUCAGAGCGCUUUUUGAUUAUGCCGAUACCGAUAAAUCGGGGCGACUUUCCUCGAAAGAAGUUAAAAAGAUAUUAGAACUUAAUUCUAAUCGCAAACUGUCAGAAAGUACUGUCCAAAAAUUUAUGGAAAAAUACGAUCUGGAUGGUGAUAAAGAGUGGAGUAUUGAUGAACUGGUCCAGUUUUUUUCCUCAUGAGUCAUAUGAUACGCUAAAUGAAUAUUUUGCUUUUUGUUCUUUUAUAAAUUAAAUUCCUGCUUACCAAUAUCAUGUUCUUCAUACCAAAAUGAUUGCGACUAUGAUCGAUCAGUAACAAAGUCAGAGUUAAUUACUUCUUCCCUGUUCGGUCUUUUGUGCGCUUGCAUGAGCAGGUACUCAUCAUCCUCCUCCACUGCUUCAUUCUCAGAGUUCAGAUGAUCGGUCUGCAGUUUAGCUGACGGCGUCGGCCUGAAGCGUUUUACGAAUCGCUAUUCUGAAGCCAAUCAACUAAUAAUAGACAUAGUGUAAUGUAUGUAGGUCUCUCAACAUCAUAAAGUGACCUUACAGUUUUCGAGCGGAGUUCUCAC